ACCCCCCUCAGACACGUCCAAGCCCCCCCAUUUCUUUCCCCUAGACAGGCCUCUAGACACCCCCAAGCCCCUCCAGCUCGCCCACUCUCAACCCUCCCAGGUUCCCCCAAAUCCCUAUCUGCACUCAUCCAGAGCCCUCGGGUCCCCCUAGCAUCCCCAUCUCAGUCCCUCACCUCCCCAGGUCCAUCCAAACCCCCAUCUCGGCCCCUCCAAAGCCCCUGGGUCCCCCCAGCAUCCCCACCCCGGCCCCCCAGGCCCCGUCUCUGGGCGCAACAAUGGCAUCGGGGCCGGAGCUGCUGCGCUUCCAGCUGCCAGGCCACGAGGCAGCCACGCUGCGCAACAUGAACCAGCUGCGGGCCGAGGAGCGGUUCUGCGACGUGACCAUCGUGGCCGAGAGCCUCAAGUUCCGGGGGCACAAGGUGAUCCUGGCAGCCUGCUCACCCUUCCUGCGCGACCAGUUCCUGCUCAACCCCAGCUCCGAGCUGCAGGUCUCGCUGGUCCACAGCGCCCGCAUUGUGGCCGACCUGCUGCUUUCCUGCUACACGGGUGCCCUGGAGUUUGCCGUCCGCGAUGUAGUCAACUACCUGACGGCUGCCAGUUACCUGCAGAUGGAACAUGUGGUGGAAAAGUGCCGCAAUGCCUUGUCCCAGUUCAUCGAGCCCCGGAUCGGCCUCAAGGAGGACAAGCCUGGGGCAGGCGGGGGCCCGCGCCCAGCCCCCUUGCGCCACACCAAACCGGCCCCCCGCAAGCCUCGCCCACCUGUCAAGCUGGAGCUGCGCCUGGCCGAGGAGCCUGAGCCCAAGGACGAGGACGAUGAUGACGAGGAGGAUGACGGGGACGAGGAUGCCGUGUCCGACAUCUGCAUUGUCAAGGUGGAGUCAGCCUAUGAGGUGGCCCAGCGCCACCGCAAGCAGCACUUGCUGCAGCCCGCCUGGGCCAAGGAUGGGGCAGCAGGGGCCAGCUGGGUCAAGGACGGGUCUUCUACCGCCAACUGGGUCAAGGAUGGGUCUUCCACAGGCAGCUGGGCCAAGGAUGGGUUGUCGCCAAGCAACUGGACAAAGGAGGGGUCAUCGGCGGCCAACUGGACAAAGGAGGGGACAUCAGCAGCCAACUGGGUCAAAGAGGGGUCAGCCAUGGCCAACUGGAGCAAAGAAGGGUCUUCCAUUGCCAACUGGGCGAAGGAGGGGUCAUCGCCAGGUAACUGGGCAAAAGAGGGGUCGUCGCCAGGCAACUGGAGCAAAGAGAGGUCAUCACCGUCCAACUGGGCCAAGGAGGGGUCGUCGCCAGGGACGUGGGCCAAGGAAGGGUCGUCGCCAGGGACGUGGGCCAAGGAGGGGUCGUCACCGGGGGCGUGGGCCAAGGAGGGCAGCUGGGCCAAGGAGGGCCCCGGUGACGGUGAGGGUGAGGACCCGGGCCCCGAGGCGGCCGGGCCAGGUGCGGGCGGGGGGCCGGCGCGCUGUGCCAAGUGUGGCGAGGCCUUCCAAGGGGUGGAGAAGCUGGUGUUCCACAUGCGGGCCCAGCACUUUGUCUUCAUGUGCCCGCGCUGCGGGAAGCAGUUCAACCACAGCAGCAACCUCAACCGGCACAUGAACGUGCACCGUGGCGUCAAGUCCCACUCGUGCGGUGUCUGCGGCAAGAGCUUCACACAGAAGUCCACGCUGCACGACCACCUCAACCUGCACAGCGGCCUGCGGCCCUACCGCUGCUCCUACUGCGAUGUGCGCUUCGCUCACAAACCCGCCAUCCGCCGCCACCUCAAGGAGCAGCAUGGCAAGACUACGGCUGAGAACGUGCUGGAAGCCAGCGUGGCCGAGAUCAACGUGCUCGUCCGCUGAGCCGGGGCUGGGUGGGGUGUGGGGGGCCCAGGGGCCUGGAGAACCCAGGUGUCCGGGGUCCAGAUCCCGUAGCAGGUAGAGAUCACAGGCAUCGGGUGCCUGGACCCUGCUGUGGGUGGAGAACCCGCACAUCCAGGUGUCCAGAUCCCAUAGCAAGUAGAGAACCCAGGUGUCCGGAUCCCAUAGCAGGUAGAGAACCCAGGUGUCCGGGUGCCUGGACCCCACUGAGGGUGGGGAGCCCGGGUGUCCGGGGGCCAGAUCCCGUAGCAGGUAGAAAAUCCGGGUGCCCGGAUGGCAUGGCAGUGCAGAACCCACAGCAGACAGAGGACCCAAGUAUCCAGGUGCCCGGACCCGCCAUGGGAAGAGAACCCAGGUGUCCAGAUCUCAUAGCAGAUACAGCAGGGGUUCCCAACCCCGGGUCCACAGCCCGGUGCUAGGAUGGGACGGGCUGGCUGCCGGACCAGAAGUGACUGCGGACCGGCAAACUGGGGACUGGAAGUGACGGGGAUCCUGCAGACUGGCAGCCAACCCUUCCCUAUGCGGAGUAGAAACAAGGGUUGGGGUUGGUCCGCAGUUUGCCGGUCCGCGGUCGCUUGCCGGCCCUCAGCAUAAGAAGGCUGGGAACCCUGCGACGGAGAACCGGGCGUCCGGUGCUUGGCCCUGCCAUGGGUGAGACCCCCGGUGCCCAGGUCCUGUAGCAGGUAGGGAUCCCAGGGUCCCGACUCCACGGUGGAAGGAGGCACCAGGCGUGCAGGAGUCUGGCCCCUGGGCAGUGCAGGUCCCGCGGCGGGAGAGGACCGGGGGAGGGGGGGGGUG